AUGGCACGAAAAGCAGGUAAAUCUCCUGCUCCUCCUACGACUCGACCUGCGCCCGGCCCAGCGAUGCCUAUAGAGCCAACCUCGUUACAGCCUCAGACCACAAUUACAAAGAAGCCUAGCAAGAGCAAGCUUAAGAAGAAGAGCUAUGCCUCAGAAGGAGUCAGGGAUAAUGAUAUCUUUUUACUACCAGGAUCUGACUACCAGAUACUCGGUCUAAUCACAAUCAUCGGCGCACUUGUCAGGCUGUUCAGGAUAUAUCAGCCUACUAGUGUCGUCUUCGAUGAGGUACACUUUGGAGGCUUCGCUUCGAAAUACAUCAAGGGCAAGUUCUUCAUGGACGUACAUCCCCCUCUGGCGAAGCUAUUAAUCACACUUGCUGGAUGGUUGGCUGGAUUCGACGGAGACUUCGACUUCAAGGACAUUGGCAAGGAUUAUCUCGAGCCGCAGGUUCCGUACGUCGCCAUGCGAAUGCUUCCUGCUGUUCUAGGUAUUGCCACGAUUCCAUUCAUGUUCUUGUCUCUGAAAGCUCUCGGUUGUCGGACUUUCACAGCAGCCAUGGGCGCUGCGCUUCUGAUCUUCGAGAACGGUCUUCUUACACAAUCUCGUCUCAUCCUGCUGGACUCUCCUCUGGUGGUGUGUACAGCCUUUACUGCUCUGGCAUUCAUCUGUUUCUCAAAUCAGCAUGAGUUGGGUCCUGACCGUGCCUUUGACGCAUCGUGGUGGUUCUGGCUGACUGCGACCGGUCUGGGCUUGGGCGCGACUGUCUCAGUAAAAUGGGUCGGACUUUUCACAAUCGCUUGGGUUGGUGUAAUCACACUGCUGCAGCUCUGGGUUCUCCUUGCGGAUACUCAGAACGUUACUCCCCGCAAGUGGCUCAAGCACUUUUUUGCCCGAGCCUUUUGCUUAAUCGUUCUGCCAGUCUUCUUCUACGUCGGCAUGUUCGGUAUUCACUUCCUCUGCCUUGUCAAUCCUGGUGAUGGCGAUGGCUUCAUGUCGUCAGAGUUCCAGGCCACCCUCAACAAUAAAGCAAUGGCCGAUACUCCUGCGGAUGUCAUUUUUGGAAGUGAGAUCAGUCUGCGUCACUGGAAUACUCAAGGUGGAUAUCUGCAUUCUCAUGCACACAUGUACCCUACUGGCAGCAAGCAGCAGCAGAUCACUUUAUACCCACACAAAGAUGAGAACAAUGUAUGGCUACUUGAAAACCAAACUCAGCCAGUGAUUGGAGAGAAUCAGACAAUCGCCGGACCAAGGGCAUGGGCAAACAUGACUGAAUACAUCAAGGACGGUGAUGUCCUCAGAUUAUACCACACUACGACCCACAGACGACUACAUUCCCACGAUCAACGCCCACCAGUCACCGAGGCUGAUUGGCAACAAGAAGUCACCGCUUAUGGUUAUGAGGGUUUCGAGGGUGACGCCAACGAUUUCUUCCGAGUCGAAAUCAUCAAGCACAUGUCAGACGGCGCUCUCGCUAAAGAACGUCUUAGAACGAUUCAAACGAAAUUCAAGCUUGUUCAUAUCAUGUCUGGUUGUGUUCUUUUCUCUCACAAGGUCAAACUGCCAGAUUGGGGUUUCGAACAGCAGGAAGUAACCUGCGCUAAAGGUGGCACUCUUCCUAACAGCGUCUGGUACGUUGAGCAGAAUUAUCAUCCACUCCUCGAAGGCGAUGUCGAGAAAGUCAACUACAGAAACCCUGGUUUCUUUGGCAAAUUCUGGGAGCUUCAAAAAGUCAUGUGGAAGACCAAUGCCGGUCUUGUUGAAUCACACGCAUGGGACUCGCGACCUACAUCCUGGCCAAUUCUCCGAAGAGGUAUUAAUUUCUGGGGCAAGGACCAUCGCCAGAUCUAUCUUCUUGGUAACCCAGUCAUUUGGUGGUCAUCCACUUUGGCAAUUCUUGCGUAUGUCGCCUUCAAGGCUCUAGCUGUAAUCAGAUGGCAACGAAGCUGCAACGACUACUCGAAUGUCACCUUCAAGCGAUUCGACUAUGAAAUUGGUCAAACAGUGCUCGGCUGGGCUUUGCACUACUUUCCGUUCUUCCUUAUGGCACGACAACUUUUCCUUCACCACUACUUCCCAGCCCUCUAUUUCGCAAUUAUGGCAUUAUGCCAAAUCUACGACUUUGGAUUUCAUCGUGUCUCUGGUCUAGGAUUGAGAGAAAAUCCGAUGAUCGGAAGAAGCUUGGCCGUUCUGUUCGUUGCUUUCUCUAUCGGUGUAUUCACACUUUACGCUCCUCUAGCCUAUGGCAAUAGAUGGACUCAGAACGAGUGCAAGAUGGUCAAGCUUUUCGAUACUUGGGAUUUCGACUGCAGCACCUUCCUUAAUGAUUAUUCUGAAUACGCCAAUAUCGUCCCUGAAGGCGAUGCCAAACCCACUGUUCCAUCGCUCCAAAUUCCUUCGAACAAAGGUGCUGAAGAAGCAGUCACACCUCAAGCUCAGCCAGCGGCAGGUAUUCCUCCUCCAGAUGCCGAGCACCCCAAUCAACAGAAGGUCCUGGGUCGCGAGGAGCGCGUUGAGUAUCGUGAUCAAGAUGGUAAUCUACUCGACGAUGCUCAAGUUUCUGCUCUCCUUGCGGAAGGAAAAGCUUCUUUCAGCACAAAAUACGAGACAGAAACCAAGGUGGUUGAUGAGCAUGGAAACAUUAUCCCUGAGAGUGCUGUCGCUCCUGAACAUCCGGAUGCAGAAGGUGCUAAUCCUGAUACCAAGGGCAAUGUAAAGCCGGGGACGGAAGUGCCAAGAGCGGAAGUCAGUCUGGAUGAUUCACGAGAAGAGCAGUUGAGGAUGGCCAAGCCAGCUAGUGAUGCUAGUGAGGCGACGAAGUAA